ACGAAAACACAACACAUCGAUCUUUUGAAUUACAAUUUUUUUUAACCUUACAAUGUUCGCCUUAAAAAACCUAACUAAACUUGGUGUAACAUCAGCGUACGCUUUUUGCAGACGGGCCAACAUUGCUGUGUCCACACAGCUCGUUUCGACAUUGCAACACAACACGAAACCUUUCUCAACACUGAAAACCGAUGGAAAAAGUAAACUCGGUCUUGAAGAAGCAAGGAGGACGAAUUGGGAAGGUCGUGUUGACCUAGCUGCAGCAUUUCGGGGAUUGGAGAUGAUGGAUUUUCACGAAGGGAUUUGUAAUCAUUUGAGUCUUAUCGUUCCUGCGGAAAAUGGCGACGGCGAAGUUAUGCUUAUGAAUUCUUAUGGAAAUCAUUGGAAAGAGUUUGCAAUAAUCCAAGCAUAUUACUGGAUGAAAAACUCCCAAAAAUAAUAUUAAUAACAAUUUGAAAGGUAAUCGAUUUGAAAUGCAUGCAAGGAAYGGCAUUUAUCACGUGAUAAUAGACUCUAGAUACUGUACGGACUUUCACUGCUUAUCAUCAAUGACAUGAUAACGCCGAUGGGUUUCRUUUUCUGCCAUUUACACCUAUGAUGGAUCGAUUUUCGAUGGGUAUGGAAAUGARCUCCGCUUAUCUAUAUAUAUUCUUAUUUACUGUAGUUACAUCCAAAAAUUACUGUGUGUUUUGAAUAGAAGUCUACUUGCUCCGCUCGCAACAAUUUAUACUGCAAUAUUUGCGCGCCUCAUUCAUAUCACUCAACGUCGCCUUGACCUGGAACCCAGGCACUAUCCGCUCUGCAGCAAUGAAAUGGAGGGGCCUGUGUUGGCCGGGUACCAAACUGUUUUUUUGCGGCGAAAUGCUAUUUUCACUCGAAACCGUGCAGCGGAAAUCAUGAAAAAAAUGAAAAAUGAAUAUUCCUUUUCCGAUUUUACACUAAAUUCAUUUAUUUUAUACUCCAUUUGUUGACUGUACUAUCGUUUGCACUACUAUACCAUAACUGAUAGACAGACUGACACGCUUACACGCGUCUUUGAAUUAAAGGAUUUUAAAACUUC